ACAGGCGGUUGACGUUUACUCCUACAGCAGCCCAGCCACGCAAGCCCUCAUGUCCACGAGAAGAUCACAUACAUUUAGAGAGACCAUGCCUUCAACAAGAUCUGGAGAACGCACCCCAUUGAGGUGUGUCCAGAAUGAAAUGCGCCAUGUCUCAACCCCAUCUUCUAGACUCAAAUCGAGAUCAGGGUCGGGCAGCAAUAUCCUCAAAACACCCAAGAAUGAUGCUGUGUUCAUCUACACAGACCCGUUAACACAUUGCCCUCCACCAGCUGAGGUCCUAUGCUCUCCUAGUGUUCCAAAGCCCAGUGAUAAAACUACUACCAGCGAUACAGCUCCUACUACUGAGGACACAGCUGUUGAUACAAGCAGUGGACUUGGAGACAUUACCUUCAAGUCCUUCAUUUGUGCUGGGGGUGAGGUUGAGGUUUCAGAGCCCUCAAGGGUUGCAGACGAAACCAUCCGGCUACCCAAGAAUCAACUGAACAUCUCUUCUCUUCCUGGCUAUGACGAUGAAAACACAUGUCUCUCUGACAGUAUGGUUACUCAAUGCUGCGACAACCAUGUGGAUCACGUCUAUUGUGAUUUGGAAAGAGAUUUGGCCACAACUAAAGCUGACCUGUCCUUUAAUGGGGGUUCAAACGCCAGUCUUAGUGUUCCACAGUUCACCGAUAUAGCCCACAUCACUGAGACUGUUACUGGCGGACAGGGAGAUGUAACAUUUAAGUCUUUCAUCUGCACUGGAGGGGAGGUGGAAGUUUCAGAGGCUUCCAGGGUGGCACUUGAGACUAUACUCCUACCAAUGGAUCAGCCUGCAAACCACCAUCAGCCAUACAACGACAGUAUAUAUCAAAGUGUUAUAGUAGAUGAGUUGCACAUGCAGUCCAUCGAUGACCACGCAGAUCACCUCUAUUGUAAUGUGGCCUCUAUUGCACGCCUUUCCUUCAAAGAACCUACACAUUGUAGAACUAUGAAAUCCAUAGAGAUGGUACAUACCAAUGAAGAGUCAACUGGUGUUCAAAAUGCCACUGGCGGACAAGGACAUGUGACAGUCAAAUCCUUCAUCUGCACUGGGCUUGAGGUUGAAGUCUCAGAGUCCACCAGAGUGUCCAAAGACACUAUCCUCCUACCUGAGAAUCAGACUGUGACAAGUCAUCUACCAUACAACGACAGGGUCAACCCAAGCAUCAUAGAGGAGCAGUCCUCCGAUCAUGCAAAACACCCUUACAGCCAUGUGGAAAGUGAAGGUGGCGUGUGGAAAGCGGAUGCCGCUGCCAUCAGUGAACCCUCAAUGGGAAAUGCAUCCUUAAGGUCAUUGAAGGACCUGGAUGAGGUCGCCUGUCAGCUUUUCCCUGAAGGCCCCAAACAGGGUUAUUCUCCUGAAGACAGCGCCAUGGUUCCAGCUAUACAGUUGGAAACUGACCGCUCCCAUUGCAAUGAGUUUGGAGCCUCGGCCAGGAGCUCCACACCUGUAGAUGAGGACUACCCAUCGAUAGCCUCUCACUCCCAUUCUCAUGGUUCAAUGCAGGAGUCCAGUGGGGCCACAGACAGCGCGCUGGGUUCAAGCAGUAACGCUCCUCUUCUCUCCAACACUACAGACAAAGCGAGCUCUGAGAACAUUGCUCACGUGUUGACUGAGCUACCCAAGAUCCCCUCUGUAGCGACGUGGGCCGGCGGUGGUGAUGCUUUACAGUUGGAGAUCUUCAGCCCCGUUCUUAGCACUACCCCCAUGACCAGAAGAAGGGGCAUUCAGAAAUCGUCUUUCGCCCAAAUGGAGGAAUCCGCUCUGGAAAAUGGUAGGGGUUGUGUCCUCAACUCUGCUGAGGGUAGCUCCGUUGUCCCCGCCAACCCAGACAGCCGACUCUGGGGGGCCGUCCUGGAGAGCCCCAUGCCUCUGCCCAAGUUCAACUCGACGGCAGUGGGUGCCGCAUCGACCUGCAAGCCCCCUCCUCCAGACCCAGUCACAGAGACUGUGGAGACGAGGCCAGAAGUAGAUGUACCUCAUGUAAAAUCCCAACCCAAGGUGGAGAAAGUAAAGAUGGGUCUUUUUGAUCAUUUACCAAGGUUGGUUUGUGAGGAGCCCUUUCAGCAGCAACUCAUCCAGAUGGCCCAAUUCCUCAUCCUGGCAUCGGGCAAGAUGGACCCUGUUAGCAACCCUUCCCUAGCCCCUACACCUGCUCCCGCCCCUCCUGUAGUGGAUACUACAGCGGGGACCGUGGCUGUGGAGUGCCACAGCAUGUGUGUUGGCACCACUCCAGUGAGGCGGACAGACCGCAGUGCCAACACCUCUGGUCAGUUUGAGAGGAAGAGGGAGUUCUCUGUGUCUGACGCCUGCACCAGCACCGAGACUCUGCUCUGGAAUCUGGCCCCUGGGAGCCUGUGUCGGGUCCCCAGACAGGAGCUGGAGCAGAGGCUGACCUCCACUCUCAUCAUGGUGGAGGCCCUGGUGCAGCAGCUGUGCACAGCCAGGGAACAGGGCCACUCUAGGGGCCCCGGGCCCUCAGAAUUCAGAGACAAGCUGGUCCAGACCGACCACACUGAACUCAGCCAGACGGUAACCUACAAAGACCUGUAUGUGACGGCCCUGGAGAGGAUCAAGGAGCUAGAACUGGACCAAACCACUCUACAGAACCUACUCCACAGCAUGCAGGACACCAGGAGCACCAUGACAGCCCUGAGUGGAGACACUGAGGCUGCUCUCAGCAGCAUGAGACAGAUAAGAGACCUAGUUAAAGAGGACCAGCAGAGCCUGGUUACACGGUAUGGUCAGAUGAAGUCCCUUUAUGAGAAGUGCAAGGAGACCCAGGUCAGGAUGGUGCAGAAGGUCAGAGACACCCUGCAGCAGAGAGAGGACAUGAGGAGACGGAUGGAGGAGGCUUUCACCGCCAGGGACGCAGCCUUCAGUGUAACUGAGCAGCUGAGGGUUCACUGUGCCGUGCGUAUCUCUGAGCUGGAGGAGAGUGUGGGAUCUCACCAGGAGCUGAUGGCUGCCCUGAACAAGACCUACCCAGAACAGGUUACAUUGAACAAGGCCUACGUGGAAUCCCUCAACUCUGCAUCUGAGCUUUUGAGAGGAACCAUGAGCGAUCACGACAGUCUGCAUCAAGAGCUGAAAACAGCCAGGCGUCUCCUCCAGAGGACAACUCCUAUACUGGUGAAGCUGAAUGAGAAGGCAGCCAACGCUAUAGGAGAGAGAGACCAGCACCUCUCAGAGAGAGACCAAGCUGUGGAGGAGAGAGAGCAGAUCCAAGAGGAACUGGACCAAACCAACGUGAGUCUCCAAGAUGCCAGACAGGAGGUUGGGGACUUGAAUCUGCAGGCCACCAUCAUCAAUUCAGAGUUGGGUGUUCUGCGUCAGAAGCUGAGUGAGGGAGAAGAGGAGCGAGUUCAGCUGGAGAGGAAGGUCACGGAGCUGUCUGCCACCGUCUCAUCUACCCUGGCCUCCUAUGCCUUCCUAGAGCAGGCCCUGGCUGCAGAGUCCACCAAGUUGCAACAGUCAUGGCAAGAAGUCCAGCAAGCUACCGACAGGGCCAACCAGUAAGUGAACUCAGUUACCUCAUUUCUCUUAUCAUCACUACUAUUUAAAUCUGUUUUACCAUUGAAAUGAGCUAUUCUGAUGUAUUUUUCUGUUUAGCCCCAUCACAUUGCAGCUAUAAAGAUGAUUUAACAUGAACUAAGACACGCAUACCUUUUGCUAUUUGUAAUCAAUAAUGCACAUUGGUUUAACUAUUAAGGCAUGUUUAGUCAUUGAGUUUAAUUAAGCAAUAAGGCAUGAGAACCCAGGGAUUACUCCUGACUACGGGAUGUUCUUAGGCCUGAAUCAAGGCAGAGGGAACAGCCCUUAGGAGGGAGUUAUGCCUUAUUGCUUUUAUAACAGUUGCCAGCAUAUUAAUAAAAACAUAUAUAUAUAUCUUUUUCAUUAAACAUUAUUUUGAACGGGUAAAUUUGUUUUUGUGUUCUGGUCAUUAGUUAUUUUCUCAUGUUU